AAAUAAACAAUAUAUUAACGAAUAAACGUGCAUGAUAUCAGACGGACUUUCAAAUAAACAGGAAACUGGGGGAAAUCAGUGAUUGACAUAUAAAGUUACAUAUUACAUAGCUAAAAUAUUUUACUUAAUAGGCGUAAAACAUUAAAGAAAUGUCAGUACAAGAAGAAAAAGACAUUCUCAAAGAAAUGACGAGUGAAACAGGAGUACACGUACACGAAGGAAUUGCGAAUGAAAAAGAGGCAUAUAGGGACGUUGCGAGCGAAGAAACACAAGACAAAGAAGUUGAUACACAGCCAAAAUUGAACAAAGACAAACAUGAAGAGAAACGAUUUCAUUUGACAAGAGAACAGGCAGAGAUACUGGCCUGGGUUGUCAUAUGUUGCGGCUGCUUUCUUCUUGGAUGCUGUGCUCUAUCAUUCGCAUGUCAGGCAAAGGAAGCUGAAGAUGAUAACGAAUAUAAGAGAAGAUUAAUUUGGUCAACGAGGUGCGGGAUUGCAAGUCUUAUUGUCACUAUUACAAGUUGGCCUUUAGUUGCUUUAUUAAUUUACUUUACUUAAAUACUUGGCUGUUUGAUACCUUAUAAACUCUUUAAAGUUACUUAAUUGGUUUAAGAUUAAAGAAACCAUGAACAACACAUAAAUUCCACGUAUCAUGUAUUUGAAGUGAUUGUCGAAACUACGGUCAUUAAAACAGUCUGAUUAACACAAAA